UUUUUCAAUAUUCUGUUUUAUUGAAUAUGACUUUACUGUAUUUUUCUUUAACUUUUCCUUUUUUUCUUUGUCUUUGCUUAGUAAAUAACAGCAAUGCUUAUUUAAGAGAUUUAAUAUAAAAUCGUGGUAAAAAGCUGAUUUUUUAAUAGGCAUAUAUUGCUUAAUAUAGAAACAAUAAUAUUAAUUUAUGUAAUUUACGGUAUUAUCAGCGUCAUGUGGUCUCGUAAAGCCACAGUGCAUCCUUGAGGAACCACGUAUUUCCUGUGUGUGUGUGUGUGUGUGUGUGUGUGUGUGUGUGUGUGUGCGCGCUAAGGACCGCCGAGAGCGCGCAUCCUGACGGCGAGUGGAGCCCCCAUUCUCAAAUGAGGGCUGCUCGCUCCCGCGGCACGGCAAGUGAGCGCGCUUGAGGGGCUGCGGUCCCAUUGACGGUUCCGUCUCCCUGACAGCAGCAUCAGCAGCAGCAGCGGCGGCGGAGCUGGAAAACAAGAAGUUACCGCCUCGCCCCUCAGCCACAGGAGCCAGCCGAGCGCGCCGACCGGAGAGAGCCGUCUUCAGGGAGCCCUCCUCCCCCUCUGCCUGGCCACAAGGACGGAAACGAGGUCCUCUUUCCCGUGCGCCAGCGUCCCGACUGACCGCCGGAGAUAUGGGCUCACCGUAAAACGGAGGUGGUGGAGGGGAGAGGCGGGCGGGUGGGCGGUGGGAGGGGGUGGGGGGAGAAGACAGCGGAGCAGCAAGAGGGAGGAGAGGCUGAAAACGGCAACGGGAACCGAAGCGCUAAGGCCACAGCCACCGCAGCUAACACCACCCCGGGCGCCCCCGCCACCGCCAUGGGAACUCCACAUCAGCCGCUCCGACCGCCGCUCCAUCAGUUGGCCAUGUCGUGAUCCGUGGGCUCCUCCAGCGGGUUUUUCAUCCGUGAUCCGACAGGAGGGAGGAGAGGAAGGAGGAGAAGGAAGAGGAGCCGGGAGUGAAGAAAGGUGGUGGUGGUGGUGGUGGCAGGGAAGAUGUUCGCCUCGGUGGGCCCUCGGGGCGGCCCGCGCCCACCCGCCGCUCCGGCCAUCCCGGAGCCGGACCUCAGCCAUCUGACGGCGGAGGAGAGGGACAUCAUCAUGUCUGUGCUGGCUCGGCAGCGGGAGGAGGAAGCUAAGGAUGAGGCCAUGUCAAAGGAGGAGAAGCCGAUUCAAGCGAGGACAGUGAACCUGGUCCGACAGACGAAGCCUCCACCGCAAAAUGACGUCCGAGGUAUCCAGCAGCAGCUCUCCAGCUACCGGGAGACAGUGAUCCGGCAGGCCACGGCGGCGGCGGGCUCAGCCGUUCAUCGGGACGACGCGCCAACCUGCGGCAUCUGCCACAAGACCAAGUUUGCGGAUGGUUGCGGGAACCUGUGCUCGUACUGCCAGACCAAGUUCUGCGCUCGCUGUGGGGGAAGAGUGUCCCUGCGGUCCAAUACGGAGGACAAAGUGUUGGCUCCAUGUUCCUUAUUUUGUGGCCAAAGGCAGCCCACAGUGGGAGAGGCAAGCUGCUCUCUGGUGAUAUGGGUGUGCAAUAACUGCAGAAAGCAGCAGGAGAUCCUCACCAAGCCAGGCGACUGGUUCACUGGUCCCCCAGGGAAGCCCUCCGGUCUUGGUUCUGCUGUCAGCGAGCCGUCUGUGUGCCAAGUGUCUCUGGAUAAACUGAGAUCUCGCUCCCAGGCACCCACAGGCUCAACAGGGACAAUUCAAGACCGAGCGAGUACGCUGGGGACCGCGCCGGGGACAGACGCUCGGUCACUUAGUGAGCCACCUCGGGACAGGAGAAAUGGACGCGGAGGCAGUGGGACGGGUCGGGGGGAGCGGCGGUCAGGCCAUCCGAGGCUGCAGACCCAGGUCUCCAUAGACCGGGACCUUCGAGGGGAGCGCAAGGAAGGCUGGCAGCUGUCAAAGGGGCGGUCUCUGGAGCACGACCCUGUGGGAGGAGGCGCCAGCGUUAGAAGGACAGGGGAGGGCGGUUAUCAGCAGGUGGGCAACAGCGGGGGUCCCCUUCGACAAGCGGAGCCUUUCCCUUCAGGAGGCAGGGGUCAGGCUGUGCCGGGUCGAGGCACGGGGAGCGCGACAGGCGAGGUCGGGGACACUACUCGACCUGGACAGAGGACGGUGGGCGGGGCACCGGCCGUUUCACAGAAAGCCCCUCCUCCUGAACUCAGAGUACCUUCAGUUUCGGGACCUGAAACAGGUCUCAGCCCGGGUGCCGGGGUGAAACGGACCAAGCGAGACAAGGCUGAAAGCAUGCUGCGCAAUGAUUCGCUAAGCUCCGACCAGUCCGAAUCUUUGCGGCCGCCUCCGCCACGGCCCUACAAGUCCAAACGAGGGCUGGGGGCCGGGGGGAAGAGACAAACUUCUGUCAGCAGUUCGGAGGAGGAAGGUGGAACUACACCAGAGUACAGCAGCUGUGACGACGCUGAGAUCGAAAGCAUAAGCGAGAGAGGAGACUGGGAGUGCAAUCCACAUGACCCCACAGGGUGGCAUCAUCCUGUAACCUGGCAGCCGUCCAAAGAGGGAGACCAUCUAAUUGGACGAAUCACCCUCAGCAAGAGAAGUGCUACCAUGCCUAAGGAGGCUGGGGCUUUGCUCGGGCUAAAGGUGGUAGGAGGGAGGGUCACUGAGUCAGGGAGAUUAGGUGCCUUCAUCACCAAAGUCAAGAAGGGCAGCCUGGCCGACGUUGUGGGACAUCUCCGAGCAGGGGAUGAAGUUUUGCAGUGGAACGGGAAGCUGUUGCCCGGGGCGACCAUGAAGGAAGUUUAUAACAUCAUCCUGGAGUCUCAAGCCGAACCUCAGGUGGAGCUGGUGGUGUCCAGGCCUAUUGGGGUUUAUAGAAAAUAUCAUGAUAUCCCAAGAAUCCCCGACACGUCCCACCCUCCAUUAGAAUCCACAGGUUCCAGUUCUUUUGAGUCCCAGAAGAUGGAGAGACCAUCUUUAAAUGUCCUGUCUCCCUCCAGUCCUGGGAUGCUCCGAGAUGCUCCUCAGCUGAUGCCAGGGCAGCUAUCGGUGAAGCUGUGGUACGACAAAGUAGGUCACCAGCUAAUAGUCAAUAUGCUGCAGGCUGCGGAGCUUCCUCUUCGUCCCGACGGACGCCCCAGGAGUUCUUAUGUAAAGAUGUACUUCCUCCCUGACCGCAGUGACAAAAGCAAACGAAGGACGAAAACAAUGAAGAAGACCUGCGAGCCCAAGUGGAACCAGACCUUCGUCUACACCCACGUCCAUCGCAGGGAUUUCCGCAACCACAUGCUGGAGCUGACGGUGUGGGACCAGCCCAGGUCACCUGAGGAGGACAGCAACUUUAUGGGAGAGAUCUUGAUUGAGCUGGAGACGGCCUUACUUGACGACAAGCCUCACUGGUAUCCCCUCCAAACCCACGACGUCUCAUCGAUUCCACUCCCCCGGCCGUCCCCAUUCCUGCCCCGACGACACACAGACGCACCUGGCAAGAAGCUGCAGCGUUCUCAGCGUGUAACAGAGCCUGAGUUUGAUGAGCAUACAGCAGUAGUCUCUAAAGCAGCAGACGGGCGUGGUAGAGAGAGACAACGGGAGCCCUCGUCUACCUUGGAGGUUCCUAAUCAGCAGCGAACGCCUUCCCAUCACAUCCGCUCCCGGUCCGUGUCCCCACACCGCGAGGAGCAGGGGCGCACCAUCCGCUCCCGAGCCCCCAACGUGCCCACCCAGAGGAGUUUGGACGACGAGCUUCCUCACUCUCGUCGCUCCCGUUCUCCAAACCGCUACGGCGACAACUCCAGAGGCCGCCGUCAGGGAGAAGAGUACCUGGACGACAGUGAGGUCAUCUUGAUCCACCAGUCAAUGCGAGGCAAAAGUGCUGAGUGCCUGCACACGAGUGAUCUCCAGCCAUCUUUGGACAGGGUUAAGAGUGCUAGCGCCAACUGUCUCACUCCAGACAAUCAUGCCCCCUCACCAGAGACUGAAAGAAAAUCUUUCUCCCAAUCCCUGCCUCGAAGACGUCCAGCGAGUCCCAGGAUUCUUAUCCAACAUGCUUCCCCUGAAGAUGACAGAAUAUGGAUGCUACUUCCCUCUCAAGAAACUUUAAUUCAGCUCAGUACAAAGAAGAGGCAGCCUCGGACCCUGGAAGCCCCUGAAUGUCAGACUCUUGGCAGGAAGCGGUCUGACAGCGGCAGGGGCCAUUUGCACGGUGGUGCAUCUCUUUCCUCGGCGGCGGCGGCCUCGGCGGCACGGAGAGUGAGGCAGCUGCCACAGCUUCCACCCCAGAGCAGCUCUGUAGAUCAAGCCCUGGUAGCAGAGGAGCGUGUUCGUCAGCUCCAGAUGAGGGUUCAUUCUAACCGGGUUUCAGCUGCCACCACCUCCAGCCAACAGGACCUGGACCGAGCCCUCAAGAACAAACGAGAGGUCUACAAGGACCAGAGGAGGAGCAGUGAAAAUGUAUCCCAUAAGUCCUCAGACAGUGAUGUCAGUGACGUGUCAGCCAUCUCUCGAACCAGCAGUGCCUCUCGCAUCAGUAGCACCAGCUACAUGUCCAUCCAGUCAGAAAGACCCCGGGGACGUUUCAGUCGAGCUAUUCGUGCGUCGGGCCGCCACAUGCUGAAGAGCACCAGUGUGAGCGGUGAGAUCUACGGCAUGGAGCACGCCGACGGCAGCCAGUCGGACACGGCCCUGGGGAGUCUGGGCAGCGGGAUCAAGAAACGGCGCUCCAGUCUGAGCCAACGGGUCGUUGCCAUCCUGCCGUCGAGACGGAGCCGGAGUACUUCACAGCUCAGCCCGACAGAAGCAGCGGGUAAGGCGGCGGACAGACAGAAAGAGGCGCCGACGGGGAAGAAGGUCAGCAAGGCGGGCAGCAGCACCAUCCAGAGGAGCGUGGAGACGGGGAUGGCGGUGGAGUUUCCCCGAGGAGGAUCAGCCAUGAACCGCCAGGCCAGCAGGGAGUCCACUGAUGGCAGCAUGAACAGCUACAGUUCUGAGGGGAAUUUGAUCUUCUCAGGGAUGCGAUUGGGAGCCGACAGCCAGUUCAGCGACUUCCUGGACGGAUUGGGUCCUGGUCAGCUGGUUGGCCGCCAAACGCUGGCAACGCCUGCAAUGGGUGAUGUUCAGAUCGGGUUGAUGGAUAAGAAAGGUCAGCUGGAGGUCGAGGUGAUCAGGGCGCGAGGCCUUACCUCUAAACCGGGCUCCAAAUCCCUCCCAGCUCCUUACGUCAAGGUCUACCUGCUGGACAACGGAACAUGUAAAGCCAAAAAGAAAACCAAGAUUGCACGCAAGACCCUGGAGCCGCUCUACCAGCAGCACUUGCUCUUUGAAGAAAGUCCUCAGGGCAAAGUGCUUCAGGUGAUAGUGUGGGGCGACUAUGGACGAUUGGACCACAAAUGUUUCAUGGGUGUAGCACAGAUCCUGCUGGAGGAGCUGGACCUCUCAAGCACGGUGAUUGGCUGGUACAAACUGUUUCCACCGUCCUCACUGGUGGACCCUACAUUAGCUCCGCUCACGCGGCUGGCGUCUCAGACGUCGCUGGACUCAGGACCACCGCCCGGCGUUCGGUCCUAGUGACCGAGUGGCGAACGCUCACCCCAAAACAGCCCUGACACGAUCAGAGAAUGGACCACAGCUGCUGGACCACACCUGAGCAGAGGGCGCAGAAGCAGCCCGAGUACGCCACCGAGGAGACGCCCUCGGGGGAAUCAACGAGAAACCAGACGGAGAACCAGGGAACAAGAGAGAGAAAUGAGAGAGGGAGAGACAGAACUAGCCAAUCAAAUGCUUAGCUGGAGUCUGACAAUCAUGUCUCACACCUUCCCUCUUCCUCCUCCUUCUUCCAUCUUUUGUUUUCAGCAUCUUUGCCUUCUUUGUUUUCUUCUCUGAGCUGCAGCUGUGGAGCUUUCUGUCCAACCUCAUCUUUUCUUUUGUUUCUCCCUGAUUUCAAGUGCGGUCUUUGCAGGAGCUCCCUGUCAAGGUGGUGCUCUGCAGCCAAUCAGAGCACGGCUUUAUCUUCCGUCAAAAGAGAAGCAAACUGUUGGAGUUUCAUGCAGCUGUUUGCAGAGUUUGCUUGUUGACUGUGCAGAUGUUAACCUUAGGGGCAGCAGUUUGACACAGAGUGGUAAUCGUUUGGGAGAGGCAGCACAUUCGCAUCCAUGUUGUUAAAAAUGAAAAGAAGCACAAGAAGAAAAGCUUGACUCAUUCGUUCAGGCAGAAUCAUAGAAAAUUUUCUGUCUAUAAGAGAAAACAUCGGCCAAAUAAUUUAUCACCUUUUCAUUUCCAGCCGUCAUUCCUGUUUGGGUUUCACCUGCAGUUCAGAUUGGUACCACUAGGUGCAGACUCCCUCUGUAUAUUUGUAUGUUUGGUUUUGCGAGCGGUGCCGAACAAAACGGUCACUCCAGCUCAAACUCGCCUUCUUCACCCAUCCAACAAACUCUCCUCCCUCUUUACCCACCAACUCCGCCCCCUGCUGGAGGGAGCAGCAUGACUCGGGGGACGCCACCCCGCCCCAAACCCCCCGCCCCGCCCCGCCCGGCCUGGCCCCAAGCUGCAUGCGCGUUUCUUUCAUUUCCGUUUGUUCUGUUUUUUUUGUUUUGUUUUGUUUUUUUAAGGUUUUCGUUCUCUACCUUUUUUUGUGAAGUUGAAAGACGAGACUAAAACUGAACCGAAGCAAUUCUCAAAAAACAAAAGCUGAAAAAAAUAAAAUAAA